AGCUACGGUCGAUUGUACCUAGGUAGAUCUGGACAGCUUUAUCUCGGCUUCCCGUCAUCAGCCAAGAGAUCCACUUAACAUUUAACCAUCCAUCGCUAUCCAUCAAUCCAUCAACAAUUCCAACAACUUCCCGCUCAGUCUUAUUACAUAGCAACACAACAACGCAGUUACGAACACCCAAACCAAAUAUCCAAAAUGACCGUAAACAUCAGCUCUCCCAAUGAGUGGCAGCGCAUAUUGGGGUCUUCGACCGUCGUGGUUACAGACUUCUACGCCGACUGGUGCGGUCCUUGCAAAAUGAUCGCGCCUACCUUCGACUCGCUGUCGACGACAUAUUCUAAGCCCGGCAAGAUCGCCUUCUGCAAAGUCAACGUCGAUAAUCAACAAUCCAUCGCCCAGACCCAUGGCGUGCGCGCGAUGCCGACUUUCCUCAUCUUCAAGAACGGUUCCGUCAUCGACACCAUCCAAGGCGCAAACCCCCCGGCCUUGACCUCCGCCGUCGAAAAGGCCGUUAAACUGGCUAACGUGAGCGCCCCGGGCGCGUCUUUCAAAACACCCGGAAGAACGCUGGGAAGUGGCUCGUCUUCUGCUGUAAGGCGAGGUGGUCAGUCGCUGGGCGGCCAACCGUGGAAAUUCAGUCCUUUCAACAUCCUCAACGCCAUCCUCACAUUCUUUGGGCUAUACUUUGUAUCACUCUUCUCGUUUGAUCCUUACAAAGCGGCUGAAAGGUCGCAAUUCAACCUUAACAACCCAAGUGCACCACCGGCGCCGAUUAAUCUCAAGGGACAGAAAGUCGGCGGACAAAGUGGUUCUGCCCGAUCUAGCGGGGUUAGGACGCUGGCUGAUCUUACCAAGUAAUUCUGAAGAUUGCCUACCUGUUUCGUAUAUGUUGUCGAGUGUAUUGAUGGCGUAUGGGGUGGAGUUUAGCACUUGAAUUGAGUUUUCUGACGAUGUGUGCAUCCUUCGGCUGAGGAUAAUAAUAUAUGCAUUUCUAACAUUACUGACAGAUACACCGCUGAGCCAAAAGUGUAUUUCUUAAUAGCACAAGUGUUAUUACAGUCUAUCUGACCAUGAGUGGUAUUACCACCUCAUAAUUACCAAUAUUACCUAGCUUAUCGGUACGUGGUGAAUUGCUUUGCUAUCAGACUCUUGCCAUAGCUGAAGGCAAGAACAGUGCUAGCUGAGUGGUCAAGUUACUAUGUACCUUAGGUAGGUAGAGCGGAUAACUGCGUUAGACCCUGCGCACUACGUACUACGUACCUUAGGUACUACGCUAAGUGCGGGGUGUAUUCUAAUGCCGGCCUUUUAAGUGGAUGGAGCUCUACAAGGGAACAUGAGCUAGUCUAAAACUUCCCUACA